AUGUGUGGUCCAAAGGAAGAGGUGGCAGCGGAGUCCACCAUCUCAUAUGAGACCCUUGGGUCGCAAUAUGAUAUUUUAAGGACCAUAGGCCAGGGAAGCUAUGCUCAAGUGAAGCUGGCCCACCACCGGCUCACAGGCACAGCCGUGGCGAUAAAAGUCCUCCUGAAGGAGAACACGGAGUUCUACCCGAUUACAACGGAGGUGGGGAUAAUGAAGAGGGUGAACCAUCCCAACAUCGUUUCAUUACACCAGAUCAUUGAAACGGAGCAGAACAUCUUUCUAAUCCUGGAAUUGGCUGAUGGACGUGAGCUAUUUGACUGGAUUGAGCAAUCUGGCUACAUGCAUGAGGGCCUAGCCCGGAAAAUAUUCAGUCAGAUUGUACAUGCCAUGUGUUACUGCCACGACAUUGGAAUCGUUCACAGAGAUCUCAAGCCGGAUAACAUCAUGGUGGAUUCUGCAGGCAAAGUCAAAAUCAUAGACUUUGGGUUGGGUGCCUUAGUCAAGCCUGGAAUGAAGCUUUCUAGAUUUUGUGGGGCCUUACGAUUUUGUGCUCCAGAAUUCUUCCUUCGUGAACCGUACGAUGGCACCAAAGUCGACACCUGGAACUUAGGUGUCCUUCUGUAUUUUAUGGUGACUGGGGCCCUGCCAUUUGAAGGUAACACCUAUAAAGAGCUUGAAAACCAGGUUUUGCUAGGACGAUACGCUAUUCCCUCUCACCUCUCAAAAGAGCUACGAGAGAUUAUCCGGUACUUACUAACCGUAAAUCCUACACAAAGACCAACACUGAAGGACAUUAUGGUGCACCCUUGGCUUAGGCAAAGAUCUGCAAGUGCAUCAAGCCACUCUGAUGAGAUGGACCCUAGCCGACCAGACCCUGCAAUCAUGGCAGCCAUGGCAGCUAUGGGGUUCGACCCACGUGAUGUCCAGAAAUCUUUACUCGAUAAGUUGUAUAAUGAACCCAUGGCAAUUUAUGGUCUACUACAAUGCCAGGCACGCCAGCAGGAUGACUACGACAGCCAACCUGAGCCAGUGCAACCAGGAGUGACACCCUUUCCCACUCUCACAGAUCCUACCAACUUCCCUUGCUACCAAAAGAGGAUGACCAAUACUCCAGCCAUUCGAGUCUUUCUUUCAUUAGGCUCAAAAACUGACUCUUCUAAGGACAAAGAUCAGGGAGGGCAGACGCUAAGAAGAAGUGCCACUGUACCUGUAAUGCUGCCCCACUACCAACAGAAGAGGGUAUCUACUUUAUCUGAGGAUAGGGUCUUCACCGGGACAAGGCACAAUGGGACAAUGGACUCAAUCCGAAGUGCAUACAGGAGCUGGAAGAGGUGGACAAGGAGGAUUGGGGCCAGUUUAUUACAGCUCUGCUGCUGUGUGCCACACAAGAGGAGAAGAGUGGUACCCCAAAGUGAGGCAUAG